UGUGUGUGUGUGUGUGUGUGUGUUUGUGUGUAUGUCUCUCUCUCUCUCUCUCUCUCUCUCUCUCUCUCUCUCUCUCUCUCUCUCCGUGUGAGCGUGCGGGCAUGGGUGUUAUGGGUGUUAAGGCGCCUCUGUUGACAACCUUCGACGGAGUGGAGUAUCCUUCGACGGAAAAGCCGACAAAGCUGGUCGGAGGACGGGCUUCGUUCAAGCUCACAAUCUCACAGCUAUCGUCAAAGUGCGACAGUAGGCUGUUCCGGGUUUGCUUUCAGCCGUAUCCUCUCGGAGACACGCGACCAUUUUUCCGCAUCCUCUCAAAGCCCAUUCAUAGCAUUUCUCGCAAGAGGACCCCACUUGGCAAGCGGGCGCUGCCAGACCCAGCUCCAGCCGUGUGCUUGCGUGGGAUGUUCCCGGACACGCUGCCGGAGGCAGUGGAUGACCGGCGAUCCCCGGAGGACUCUCACCGCAACGAAAAGCCGAUGCCACAACACCUCUUGACGGCUGCUGACGACGUGAAGAGCGGAUCGUCCGAGCACGGCAACGGCGGCGGAGGUGGUGGUGGAGGUGCUGGGUGCUCGCUGCUUGGUGGCAGUUACAAGAGCGCCGGCAGCGCGGGGGGAAUGCCCUCUCCUCAUCAGCAACAGCAGCAUCAAGAACAGCAGCAGCACGAUUCCGCGAUAGCUUCGGCUGCGAGAGAGAUCAGAGUGUGCAAGCAGACAGUCAUCAAACGGCGACGGAAUGAUGUGGGAGAUAUACGACGGCCUGAAAGCCCCAGCUCGGAGACGUCGGGGAACACACACACUCCCCUGCAUGCGGCCAUGGACAACGCCUGUCUAAUGGGAGGUAGUGGCCGCCAUAGCAGUGGAGAUGCAGCUAACAGCGGCAGUCCGUACGAUGCUCUGGCUGCAGCGGCAGCUCAAGCUGUCAAGGCUUUCCUUGUGGCGCCGAACGAGGAGGAGUGUGGCCCACCGGCCAAGAGAGCGAAAAUUGGGAGAGGAGAUGUGAAGGUUGGAGGGUCUUCUUGUAUGGUGGAAAGGAAAGGCGCAUCGGCUGCAGUAGCAGACGGUAUGGAGGUGGACUCCGCUGCUGCUGGGAAGAAUUCACAAAAUGUUAAUCCCAUGGGGAUGUCAAGCGGCGAUCCUCGCUUCUCUGUGGGGGUCUGCACGGGAGAUAUAGACAAAGACGAAGCGGCCAAGCUCGACGGAGUUAUAGAACCGCUGACCUCCGCUCCCUGGAAAAAUUACGGAUUAUCGGAGGUGGCAGGUCAUAUGGCCAGCCUUCAGGAGGAAAUGGCGGCGGCAUCGGCGCGAACCAACUCCCCAGGAACGACAGCCACUGCUGCUGGAAUGAGUCCUCGCGGACCUCACAUCGACCGUUUGUUCUCGUUGCGGUACAAGGCGGCGGACGAGUAUAUGAGGCUGCAGCGGCUGAUGGACCGUCAAAGGUCCGAGAUGCGAGCAGCUCUAUCUGAAGAUGAACGCCAAGUCGCGCAACUAGAGGCCAUGGCGAAAACGAUCGGCAUGCGCCUUGCUCAGGCGAAGGAAGACCUACAGAGAAAACGGCAGCACUUCCUCGCCGAGGAGAAGAAGGUCUAUCAGAUUCUCAUGGGCGUGUCCCAACAGAAGGGCAUUUCGAGACAAACGUGCGUCCCUCCUUCUCUGAUGAGCCCUUGCGCUCCCGGUGAUAGCCGGCCAUCCGGUGGUAUGAAUGCUCGUUCUACGGACGGUCAGGAUCCCUCCGAGGCUCUGACUGCCCGGCUGCAGCUGCAGCGACCUGGCAUGCCUGCAGGGAUCUCCAACCCCUCCUCGAAGAGCUCGUUCCUUCAGCAAUGCUGGAUGCAGGGUGGCAGUCCGGCUUUCCCCCCGGCUGUAUCCGGGAGCUUGUCUAACGCUCUGUCCAUGCACACUUCUUUGCCCCCCUCGCCCCGUACUCUUGGGCGGCUGAGCCCGCCGCAGCUCUCCAGUUCGCGGAUCGACUCCAACUCGUCCAGCCCAAUCAUGUCAAAUGCCGAGAACCAUGGGCAUGCACUUCAUCCUCAUCACCAUCUUCAGCAUCAGCAGCAUCAGCAGCAUCAGCAGCAUCAGCAGCAUCAACAACAACAACAACAACAACAACAGCAACAACAACAACAACUGCCUGCGUCCCAGGGCCUUUCCUCGGUACCUUCUUCCCAUCCGCUGGCACUGCAUCAUCACACAGCGUCGCAAGUACAGGUUCCACGUCAGCAUCCUGCCACGUCAGCAUCUUGCACUGGCGCGGCACUGCAAAAGCAGGUGACGUGUCAAUCGCCGGGCCACUCCCAGCAGCAACAACAGUCUAUGCACGGAGGCGCGAUGGGAGGGGGUCUGGGAGGCGCAGGUGGAGGAGCAACCGCAGCAACAGCGGCAGUGGGAGGAGCAGGGGGAGGAGGAGCCGCAGGGUGUUUCGGGAAUCCUCAGACGGCUGCAGCUGCCGGCUCUAUGCCCGGCUGCGGUCAGCACUACUCCGCGUUGCUGGGGGCUACCCACUCUCCCCCAAAUCUGAAUGCGUUGGAUCAAUCAGGCAAUUCGACGGCUCGGCGGACUGCCACGUGGCCCUGGGCGCUGCUUUCCAACUCCAUCAACUCCAAUCCCAUCGACUUGAAUCAGGUCCAUGACGGACUCAACAAGCUGUCCCCCGGCGCGAGCGGCUCCUGCGCUACAGGACUCGGGAGCAUGCAGGCAGCACCACCUCAUACCAGACUCGGGCAGACCCUCGUGUCGUCGACGAUGAGCGCCACCAGUCUAACUGGCCUGGGCACUUCGAUCGGCAGGCUGGGACCGAGCCUACCAUCGCAUUCGCUGUCUGUCGUCCCUCCCGCUCCCGGAUUCUCUGCCUCGCGAUUCUCUUAUCCUUCUCCUACACCCGCUGCGGAUCUCGACACCAGUCUGACGCUGGGCCCGGCCGGGGGGCGGAGUAGCAACACUGUCCAUACCGACGCUGCAAGCUCUGUAACCCACGCGGCCAUUGCCGCCGGCACGUCCGGUCGCCCCUCGUCCCACCCUGGCGCUUCCGCCUGCGCCUCGCCCGGACUGCCCAGUCCGAACAACAACGCGCAGACCGUGGACCUCAACAAUGCCACGGCUACGACAAGCAACAACAACAACAACAACAACAACAACAACAACAGCGGGAGUGGCCGAGGAGGGCGUGCGUUUCAGCCGUAUGGGGGAGGAGUCUUCCACAUGUCAGCUCUGGUUGCAUCGGCUGGAGGAGGCAUGGGCGGAGGAGGAGGGGCUGAUCUUGGUGCAGGGGGAGGGUUCUUGCAGGGAGGAGAUUGCGACAGUAGCAGGAUGAGCGGUGCAUCCAAUCAGAUGAGAGGCGCAUCGACGGUGGGAGGAUUCACGGCAUCUUCAGCGAAUCAAUUGCAGCAGUCGCAAGGAGGAAUGAACUGCGGUGGGGGAGGAGUAGGAGUAGGAGUAGGAGUAGGAGUAGGAGUAGGUGGAGGAGGAGGAGGAGGGGGAGGAGGGGGGCUUAACUUCGAGCUCUGCCGAGCUAGCAGCCCGGCUGCGGCUCCAGGUCAGCCGUUGUCAGACUCGCUUCAGCAUGCCUCUCAGAGUUUGAGUACGGAUACCGACGAGGCGGCGUCGGAGACUCGAGGUGGUCCCCACACGAUCAUAGCUGGGAACAAGCGCUGCCAGCAAGUGAAGCAGCAGCAACAACAGACACGCAAUCGCGUCAAGAAGAGUGCCCCCUCCUCCGGUCCAACGCCUGCUGCUGCUGCCGCGGCGGCUGCUGCUGCCAAUCUUGCGGUGACGGCGGCCAACUAGAUCUCCCUUUCAUUCCUGUAAUUGUGGUACCAUUUCAGCUCCCGGUUUAAUUUAUUUGAUACGAUAUAAACUCAUUGCGUCAUUGGUGAUUAUUUCGUCGGGUUGCCUUUUGGGUGGUCUCGAUCUCCUGGACGGCAGAUUGGCCGUGCGCCAUUCCGCGCUUGUGUAUUAAACCUCUCUCGUCCAUUGCCCUCUCUCUCCUCCUCCUCCUCAUCAGUCAUCCUUCCCGGUGUGCGUGACACUGCGUGUGUGUGUGUGUGUGUGUGUGUGGAAGUCUGCUCUCAGCAACGCCGCCACGUGUAUCAGGCUGGGCAAGGCAGUGUGUACAGGCCCCUUUUUUGUACAGCGUGGCCGACGAAUUUGCCGUUGACAGGUGGAAAGCAGAGGAGAGGGAGAGGGGAGAGGUCUAACUUAGUGAUUUGGGGUAUUUUCUAGCAUCGGUGGGAAGAGACUCAGUACUGAUGUUACUCGCUCGAUGGGAAGACGCAACACCGAAGCACAAAAAUUAGAUAUUAGAUGAGAUGAGACGGAAGAGUUGGACAAGUUAAAACAUAGUCGAAGCUGAAAUUUGUAAAUGUAUAUAGAGAGAGAUCACUCCUGUCUUUGCAUUUGUUCUGCGUACUAGAUCUGAUGAGAAUAAACCAUGCAAUUGCUA